AGCUAGCUAGCGUUAGGUUAACUGGGUGUUUGUUUAUAUAGGUGGUUAAGCUCGACUAGCACGGUGGGAGAACAUGUUGCUUCGGAGUUUGACGUGUAGACGAAAGGCGCUUCAGAUAUAUUUUCUUCAUGCACGGCUAUUUGGACAUGGGACCAACGCUUUAUGUUGCAGCAGUACGCAUCAGGCAAGAUUCUUUCCUCCCUCUGACAAAGUUAUGCUUCUGCCCGGCACUUUUAAAAACAAAGUGGCGUUCAUCACAGGUGGCGGUACAGGUCUGGGAAAAAGCAUGACCGCCACUCUGUCUGCCCUGGGUGCAGAGUGUGUUAUAGCCAGCAGAAAACUGGAUGUUUUGAAGCAAACUGCAGAAGAAAUUUCACAUCAGACUUGCAAUAAGGUUUACGCCGUGCAGUGUGACGUAAGAAAUCCAGCUUCUGUCAAGGCCGCAGUGGACUAUGUGGUCGAUCAUGUUGGGCUCCCUGAUGUGGUGAUAAACAAUGCUGCAGGGAAUUUCAUUUCCCCCUCAGAGAAUCUCUCAACCAAUGCCUGGAAAACUAUCACGGACAUAGUUCUGAAUGGUACAGCAAAUGUAACCCUAGACAUUGGAAAACGUCUCAUCAAUGCUGAUAAAGGAGCUGCAUUUCUGGCCAUCACCACAAUCUAUGCUGAGAGUGGCUCUGGGUUUGUGGCACCCAGUGCAUCAGCUAAGGCUGGAGUGGAGGCCCUGUGCAAGUCUCUAGCCGCAGAGUGGGGAAGAUACGGAAUGAGAUUCAACGUUAUUCAGCCAGGGCCAAUCAAAACCAAGGGUGCCUUCAGUCGCAUGGAUCCAACAGGCAUGUUCGAAAAGUCGAUGAUCGAGAGGAUACCAGUAGGUCGGCUAGGCACCCCAGGAGAGAUUGCCAACCUGGCUGCUUACCUCUGUAGUGACUAUGCCAGCUGGGUAUCGGGUGCGAUCAUCAGAAUGGAUGGUGGUGAAUAUGUGUCUAUGGCUGGCGAAUUCAAUGGACUGAAAAUGGUCACAAAAGAGGAGUGGGCUACGAUGGAGGCCAUGAUCAGAAGCACUAAAGGAUCGUAAUAAUUCCUUAACUGCAGUCUCAGGACUGACCUCACUAAACAUCUUUGAGAAUCUCAAACUCCAUUAGUCAUCAGUAAAUGGGGCAUAAUAGAAAAAGUUUGCCAAACUAUUAGAGCUGUCCAUGACACUGCCACUGUGAUAGAAUCAAAAGGAUCUCUUCACAGCGGCACCAUUCUGCAUGCACCAUAUGUCAAUGCUGUCCAUAUGCAGUAGUCAGUGUUAUUUCUAUUGAUAUGGCUAACUUCAGAAAGGCCUUAUGUGGUGUCGCUGACGACAUUUGGCAGAUGCUCUUAUCCAAAGUGGCUUUUCACAGUAGAUUGCCAUUGGUCUGAUUUAUCUGAUUCAAUAGUUUUUUGUUGUAGUUUAACAAAGCUUAGCCAUGUAUACUGAACUGUCUUGUAGUCCCUAAAUGUACUUUUUUUAACAGAAAAUAAAUGAAUAUAUCUUCCCAAGUUAA